AUGGCCCAUCAAGCACACGCAUAUCAUAUGGUUGACCCAAGCCCAUGACCCCUUACAGGGGCAGUCGCCGCUUUACUACUAACCUCAGGACUUGCAGUAUGGUUUCACUUUAAGUCAAUAACCCUGCUGGCAAUAGGCCUAUUAUUAAUAAUUCUUACUAUGAUUCAAUGAUGACGAGAUAUUAUCCGUGAAGGGACAUUUCAAGGACAUCACACCCCUCCCGUUCAAAAAGGCCUGCGUUACGGAAUAAUCUUAUUUAUUACAUCCGAAGUAUUCUUCUUCCUAGGCUUUUUCUGAGCCUUUUAUCACUCAAGCCUAGCCCCCACCCCAGAACUAGGGGGUAUUUGGCCACCAACAGGCAUUACACCUUUAGACCCAUUUGAAGUUCCUCUCUUAAACACAGCAGUUCUCCUGGCCUCCGGUGUUACUGUUACAUGAGCCCACCACAGCCUUAUAGAAGGAAAACGGACAGAAGCCACACAAGCACUAACCCUAACUAUCUUACUAGGCCUAUAUUUCACCGCCCUCCAAGCAAUAGAAUAUUAUGAAGCCCCAUUCACUAUCGCAGACGGAGUUUACGGAACAACAUUCUUUGUAGCCACGGGCUUCCACGGACUCCACGUUAUUAUUGGAUCAACUUUCCUAAUAGUCUGUUUAUUACGACAAAUCUUAUAUCACUUUACUUCUUCCCACCACUUUGGCUUUGAAGCUGCUGCAUGAUACUGACAUUUUGUAGAUGUAGUAUGACUUUUCCUUUAUGUUUCAAUUUAUUGAUGAGGAUCUUA